CAGGACGGGCCCGAUCGUCCUGCGGCCGGAAAGCGCCAUCUGGGGCAGACAACUCUCCAGGGGCGAACUCGGAGUCACCUCCCCUGCCACACUAUCUAGAACCACAAGAUGAGUCGCCCCCCUUGUCCAGCCUCUGCUUCUCCGAACCCAACCCAUUCAGCGCUUUGCACUCUAACGACUACACCACCACCGACGGGGAAGACACUGUGGCAUCAGCCGCCCUCAAACUGGCAGAAUCUCCACUAAAAAGGCGAUCGUUACCCCUCAUUUUCGAAGCGGCAGACGACUGCGAUUCGGGAAUUUCCGAUCAGCUCAACGUUGAAAGCAGCACUUCAUCGUCUUCAGCCCUCUCGGCUUCGGUUUCGGCUUCGGCUUCGGCAUCUUCUUCUUCGUCACUUUUCGCCCAACCUCGGCCGUUUCCGCCUCCGCCUACGACGUGGGCUCUAAGAGCGACUACUGCUGCUUCGAAGCACUCUUCUUUUUCUGAGAGUAGUCAGAGUUCUCGCCCCUUUUCGAACGAUUUUCCCCCCUCUCAAGUUGAGCCAAGAAAGUGGAGAGAGGCGGAGGACAUCAUCCCAUCAUCAUAUUAUUCUGACACAGCCGACAAAGGCGUGACUUUCGCGCUCUCCUAUUCCACCGACCCAGAAGCCUCAGAAGCCUCAAAAACGGCGCAAAAAGCGAGUCCUCCCGUCCACCUCGACCUCGCCUCUCCGAGAAUGACGGAGGUGGUGGAGGACGAGGCGGACGUGUUCCUAGAGAGCCCGAGUUCCAACCUGCACCGGAUCUCGUCGGCUGGCUCGUUUCAGCAGGAUGGGGAGGAGGGAGAUACGGAGUCGGGGCGACUGAAUGACCCCUACAGGAUGUUAGAGAGGUCACAGUCGGACGCCAGUCUGCUCCGGAAGG